CAACGAUCUCGACAGAGACAAAGACAGAGACAGAGCCAGGAAGGCAAGGAAACAAGCGCAUCAACAAGCACAACAACCACUACUUUGCUCGUUUAACUACACACUAGCCAAUCAUGGCAUCGAUGAACCCUAACGAGUUCACCAACUACGUCAAGGAGACAAUCAACAAGGCCGGCGAACUCGCCACCAAGCAUGGGAACCCAUCUGUGACGCCAAUUCACAUGGCUCAUGUCAUGUUUACGGAUCCGGACUCUGUGGCGGCGCAGGCAUGCAAGAAGCUGAACGUGCCAUGUAACGCCAACGCGCCGCUGGUCCACAAGCUGCGCGAGGCGGUGGAGGCAAUCAACUCACAGUCGCCGGCACCAGAGAACCCUGGCCUGUCGCGGCUGGCGAUCGAGGCGCUGCAGGCGGCGUCCGAGGCGAUGAAGCAGCGUCGCGAUUCGUUCCUCGCAGGAGACGCGCUGCUCCACGGGCUGAUGACUAACUCAAAGGUGUCGUCGGUGUGGACGUCAACGACUGGCAAGUCUGUGGACGAUCUCAAGCGCACGCUGGACGAGAUGCGCGGGUCGGCGCGGGCCGACUCGGCCAACGCCGAGGGCUCCAUGGACGCGCUGUCCAAGUACGGCAUUGAUCUGACGGAGCAGGCGCGCGAGGGCAAGCUCGACCCAGUCAUCGGCCGCGACGAGGAGAUUCGGCGCGUGGUGCGGAUUCUCGCGCGGCGGACCAAGAACAACCCGGUGCUGAUUGGUGAGCCCGGAACGGGCAAGACGGCCAUUGCCGAGGGCCUUGCACAGCGGAUCGUCAACGGCGACGUCCCGCAGUCACUCCUCUGCACCAUCAUUGCGCUCGACAUGGGCUCGCUUGUUGCCGGUGCCAAGUACCGUGGCGAGUUUGAGGAGCGGCUGAAGGCAGUGCUGAAGGAGGUGACCGACGCCGACGGCGAGAUCAUUCUCUUCAUCGACGAGAUCCACACGGUGAUGGGCGCUGGCAAGACCGACGGGGCCAUGGACGCGGCCAACUUGCUCAAGCCGCUGCUUGCGCGCGGCAAGCUGCGGUGCAUCGGUGCAACGACGCUUGACGAGUACCGACAGCACAUCGAGAAAGACUCGGCCUUUGAGCGCCGGUUCCAGCCAGUGUACGUCAACGAGCCAUCGGUCCCGGACACCAUCUCGAUUCUCCGCGGCCUCCGCGAGUCGUACCAGGCGCACCACGGCGUCAAGAUCCUCGACGCCGCGCUGGUGUCGGCGGCCAAGCUCUCGUCGCGGUACAUCACUAACCGGUUCCUGCCCGACAAGGCCAUUGACCUAGUCGACGAGGCAUGCGCGGCCAAGCGCGUGGCGCUCGACUCGCAGCCGCCGGCGAUCGACAGCCUCACCCGCAAGAAGCUGCAGCUGCAGGUGGAGGCGACUGCGCUCAAGUCGGAGAAGGGCAAGGACGCCAAGAAGCGGCUGGAGCGCGUGCAGGCCGAGCUGCAGGAGAUCGAGACCGAGCUUGCGCCACUGAUGGAGACGUACAUGCGCGAAAAGGGCCGCAUUGACGAGAUCCGGCGGCUCAAGGCCAAGGUCCAGGAGCUGGAGCGCAAAAUUGCCAUUGCGGAGCGCAACAGUGACCUGGCGACUGCGGCAGAUCUCAAGUUCUACGCCCUGCCAGACCUUGUGCAGCGGCUCAAGGUGAUGGAGGGUGGCGAGGAGGGCGCCGCGUCGACGUCGCAGUCGUCGAUCUCGCUCGACGAUGACGAGGACGACGGGUCCAAGGGCAUGCUCUCGCAGAUUGUGGGCCCGCACGACAUUGCGUCGGUCAUCGCACGUUGGACGGACAUUCCGGCGGAGGAGCUCUCUGCCAACGAGAACGACAAGCUGGCGCGGAUGCCCGAGGUGCUUGCGGAGCGGGUCGUGGGUCAGCGGCAGGCGGUCAAGGCUGUGGCGCACGCCAUCCAGCGAUCGCGUGUCGGGCUCUCGCGGCCAUCGGCGCCGAUGGGCUCGUUCCUCAUGCUGGGUCCGACCGGCGUGGGCAAGACCGAACUGGCCAAGGCACUCGCGGGCGAGCUGUUCAACGAUGACAAGCACAUUGUGCGGAUCGACAUGUCCGAGUUCUCGGAGAAGCACUCGGUGGCGCGGCUCAUCGGCGCGCCGCCGGGCUACGUCGGCUACGAGUCAGGCGGCGUGCUAACCGAGGCUGUCCGCCGGCGGCCGUACAAUGUGGUGCUCUUUGAUGAGGUGGAGAAGGCGCAUCCGUCGAUCUUCAACGUCUUGCUCCAGGUCCUCGAUGAUGGGCGACUGACUGAUGGCCAGGGCCGGACGGUCGACUUUUCCAACACGGUCAUCAUCCUCACCUCGAAUCUCGGCGCCGAGGCGCUGCUUCAGUGGCACGCAUCUCGCGAUCCGGCCGAGGAGCUGCGCGCGCUCUCAUCGUCGUCGGGCAAGUCUACCAAGGCGCGCAAGAACCUGCGCGGCGGCAAGGUGGUGGUCGAGUCCGACGACGACGACAUCGACGACCUUGCCGAAUGCUCGUGCUCGCCCAAGAUCCCCAACGAGGUCCGCGACGCCAUCAUGGCCAAGGUCAAGGCUCACUUCCGCCCCGAGUUCCUUAACCGGCUCGACGACAUUGUCAUCUUCUCGCCGCUCGACGCCGGCGAUCUCUCGCACAUCCUCCGCCUGCAGAUGGCCAAGCUCGCUCAGCGCUUUGCCGACCGCGACAUUGUGCUCCACAUCGACGAGCCAGCAGCACGCUUUGUCAUCGCCAAGGCAUACUCUCCGGUCUACGGCGCACGUCCGCUGCGCCGCUUCCUCGAGCGGCGGAUCGUCACCGCCCUCGCCAACAAGAUGCUUCGCAACGAGCUCCCGAACCACUCAGCCGUCAUGAUCUCGCACGACGCAAGCUCGGACAACCUCAGCUUUGUCGUCCGAGCUCUUGGUGCUGAUGAAGCCACUGCCAUGCGCCACUGAUGGAUAUAAACAUUGGGAGAAGUCACGA